UUUUUAAUCCAGUACUUAAAAAAUCAACUUUGAAAUUCAAUGAGUAAUUAGUUUUCACUUGCGCGCCAACUAUUUUAAUUGUGAAAGCCACCGGAACUUAAUUACAUUCUCGAAAGUUUCCAAAGUAGAGCAAUUGGUAGAUUGUUAGGCGGUUCAGUUUAAACUUGGUACAUCUUAGUGUGAUAAUCAACGAAAGUUUGGAAUAUAAAAUGGCAUCCAGGAUCUUGGCUGUCGUUUUCCUCACUUGUAUACAAAAAAGGAUGGCACAGGGCGGAAGCAAAGGUACUCGCGCCAACUAGCAAGUGAAUACAAAGCGCUCGCGUUGACAAUUUGUCGAAAUUUAUAUUCGUUUGGGCUUAAAUUCUUAAUUUUACAUUUCUUGAACAUCACUCUAGAACCUGGCGUAACUGUCACAUGCCGUGCCCAUGAGAUAGAGGUCACAUUUGAGAAGGGUAUAUUCACUACACUUGAAGCGGGGAACAUGUCCUUGGAUGCCCCUGCGUGUUCAGCCUCUGACAGCCCGCAGUUUAUUUCCAUAAGCACAGCCCUAAAUGAAUGCGGCACAAAAUUCUACGAAACUGAAGACACUAUUGUGUUCUCCAAUGUUGUUCACGAAGAUGCCGAGCUAGUGAACGGCCAGAUUACACGGGAACAUGACUUUGAAUUCCCGUUUAAUUGCAGCUAUUCCAAAACGAAGUUUCUCAGCCUACAAUUUGUCCCCGAGGGAAGGCUUGAUGUUCCCGGUGUAGGUAAGUAGAUGCGUAACCAAUUAAUGGUUCAUCAUCAAUUAUGUUGAUUCUGUGGCUUAUUCAGUACUUCCAGCAUUUCAGAGUCGAUUUAAAAUGAUCAGUUUUACUGCUCUUGUAAUCAUUAAGCAUCCUAGGUAAGUAGCACGCUUUACCUUGAUCGCUUUUUAAAUGUCAGGGUUUCGUUGCCCGUGGUAAAAAGAAGGGGAAUGCAGUACUUGCAUAUAACUCGACCGAAAGAUACUUCCACAUUAUCUGCUAGAAAUUUAAUUGUCUCUGGGUAAACUAAUGCAAAUGACUUAUCUGUUUGACAAUGAAAUAUCAUUUCAGAGGGAUUCGGUGACUUCAACUUUACAUUUGAUGUCUACACAAGUCCUUCCUAUUCAACGCCCCACUCUGCUUACCCCGUCGAGGUGACACUGAAUGAAUAUAUCUACCUGGGGUACAAGGUGGAGUCCAGUGCUAACCUUGGGGUGAUGGCUCUUAACUGUUUGGUUACGAAAAGUUCAGUUUAUUAUUCGUCACCGCAAUAUCCCAUUAUACAAGAUGGGUACGUGUCAUAUCAAGGAGUUACCUAAUUGUUUAAAUUUUGAAAAUUUUAGUCUUGCUAGCUCUUCGAACGUAAACGGCAUCAAUACUCCGUCAUCCUCAACUUCCUCUUUCGGUAGUUUGAUAAUGAUUGUUAAUUUCUUAGCAUAAUAUGAUCAAAAUAAGAUAAUUUCAUCAUUUUGACAACACAAUGUUAUUUUUUCGUGGCUUACGCAAUUUUGUUUUCGCAUCAAAAGGUGUGCAAUGGACACGACACUGAGUCACGAUUACAACUCAAGCAGAAAUUGGCAAACAUUUGCACUGAGAGCAUUCAGGUUCUUUAAUAACUAUGACUCGUAUUAUAUCCACUGUGAGCUGUUAGCCUGUCUUGAGGAGUCUAUAUUAUCUAGGUAAGUUCAACUGCGGUGGAUUAGGCACAGGAAAAGUAUUUCAAAACCAAAGCCCAAAGUCAACCAGAAUAAGCUCCUUUCAUGUCGAGGAGUUUUGGAACAAGAUGAUAAUAUUUAGCUUUUUAAAAUAAUUUAAGAUUUUUAUUUAAGAUGCUUGUGCAUUACCGCAGUUUUAACUCUCAAUGAUAAAAGUACAAGGAAAUAAAUAUUCAUAACUUGAUGACUUGAAGGUGCCAACAGGGAUGCGUACCGUCAGCUAAUAGGAAGAAACGAGGACUGGAAGAGGACACAACCAGUCCAUACAUCAUCAAAAGAGGGCCAAUCAAAAUUGUCUCAGAAAAAAGCCAAAACGAAAAAGGAGGUAAAUCAUUUUCACGCACUAAGUUAAAUAGAACUAAAAAGAAGGGUGUGUAUAUGGACAAGGGUAAAGAAAAACGUUCUCCACGUUACCAAGUAAAAGGCAGCCCUAAUACAAAGAUUUACAAACUUAAGGAGAUACUUAAAAAUUCAAUGAGUGUGAAAGUAUUAAGUUUGACAAAAACAUUAUUUUCCGAAGUCGUAAAAUAAAUCAUACUUAAGUGGUCAUUAAACACUAAUGAGAUUGCAGGGUUCUGAGAGGCUGAGAAAUUAAAGGUUAUAUUCUUCUACAUACGCAUACACUUGGAAGCCUGUACCCUUUGCAAGACCAUUGUGGUAAGCAAUAAAAAAGCAUAAAAGUUACUGAUUGUCAUAGCGUGUGGACGUGAGAUCUUAAGGCAUUAUGCAAGUUUGUUUACAAUACUAUUUUUUUUCGUUUUUAUAGACACAGGGAAACAAUCAGCAGCUGUAAUCGGAGGCGCAACUGCCGCUGGCGGAAUUGGUCUUGUUGCAGUCAUAGCUCUGGCUGUUGUUUUAGUCAAAUAUCGCAUUUUACGGCUCAUGACGAACAAAAACAAGGUCAGAGACAUGUACAGUGACACCACCCAAGAUGAGCAAACGAGUCGAAGAAAUAACUACAUCCAAGACGACACGGUGGAGAGGAAUGCCGAGAGUCAAAACUCUUAGCUCAAACACUGUUACUCAAGUCAGAAGCCCAUAGAAUAUUUCUGACUACAAGUCAUUUCCAAGUUUUGACUUGUGACAACACUAAUCAGUUUGCGCCAAAUUUUUAUUGUAAAAGAAGAUUCAGUACACAAUGCUCGUUUUUUUCUUGUCGGCGUCAUUUAUGUAGAGAAAUGAGUAUUACCUCAUCAUUGACAUUUUAUUUCGGAAGCGCUUAUUUAGCAUUUGUUCGAGACCAGAUUUUCUUGGCAACCAAUGUUUAUCCAUUAUCUUAAAGAACCUCUAUAAUACCUAAAAUUUAACCUACCAAGAUAGAAGAAAAGGAAGAAGAAGAAGAAGAAGAAGAAGAAGAAGAAGAAGAAGGAAACCCAAAGUUUGCAUGUACGAAACUAGCGUCGAAUUGACGAAAAGCUCGAGAAAUGAAAUAAAGGUUUGAAAAGGUUAUAGCAAAAAAGCAAUUUAAUGAGUCAGUUAGAAAUAGCGGCAUUAUUACAAGAACGAACAAUAUGUAAAGGUGCUUUUCAUGUUUUCUAUUUCUGUUUGCCACUCUGAGUCUGCAGUUAUAAGUUUAGAGUGUAUGGUAGAGUGCAUGGUUGUCGAUACUUGUGAAGACGCUUUCAACGCAAUUGAAGUCAAUUACUAUUUAGUAGGUUUCGUGAUAAAGUCUUGUUUUCAGGACAAUUAGAGAAAUAUCAGGUCAAAAGUCAAGUUUGAAAAGCUGUUAAGUGUUAAUAAAAAUACAUACCGAAUAUUAAUCAAAAACACAAAGGAAAUCAAUAAUCUCGAGGAAUGUUGUUUAUCAAGAUCAAUCAGCUGUGGAGUACUCUACAACUUCGCAUUUCUGAUCAUGUAACCUCCACUUUCAAGCAUUAUUGAUUAUAUAUUAUACGGCGAAAAUAGCUUCAAUGCAACCGAACUUGAAGCCUACUAAAAUACGAAAUGUUUGACUAAAAAGUGAAAUAAAUUUACACGAACUUUUGAAGAACGUUGUGCAUUGCACGCUGGGUAUAUAUGAUGUUUUAAAUAAAGAGUUUAAUUCACCUUAAUUUACCGAGGAAAUGUACAAAGUAAUAGGCAAUACUCUUCAAUGUUGUAUCAAGUUUAAAUGUUGAUGUAUCAUGACGACUUGAUAUAAAGAUAUGAAGGUAUUAAGGUGAACAGAUGGCAAGAUAUGAAGGUGA